GGGCUGGAGCAGCGGUACCUGCUGGUGCCUGAGGCACUCAAGGACGCCUACCUGGUGCACCUGGUGCAGAGCUUCCAGGACCAGCACGAGGACUGGGCCAUCAUCAUCUUCACCAAAACCUGCAAGGACUGCCAGGUGCUGAACAUGAUGCUGAGGAAAUUCAGCUUCCCUUCUGUGGCUCUGCACUCCAUGAUGAAGCAGAAACAGAGAUUUGCAGCUUUGGCCAAGUUCAAGUCCAGCAUCUUCAAGAUCCUCAUCGCCACCGACGUGGCUGCCAGAGGUUUGGACAUCCCUGCAGUGCAGGUCGUCAUCAACCACAACACCCCGGGGCUGCCCAGGAUCUACAUCCACCGUGUGGGGCGGACGGCGCGCGCGGGGCGGAAGGGCCUGGCCCUGACGCUGGUGACGCAGUACGACAUCCACCUGGUGCACGCCAUCGAGGAGGAGAUCAAGCUGCAGCUGCAGGAGUUCCCCGUGCAGGAGCAGGAGGUGCUGCAGAUCCUGACCCAAGUCAGCGUCACCAGGAGGGAGUGUGAGAUUGAGCUGGAGGGGGCGGAUUUCGAUGAGAAGAAAGAAAUCAAUAAAAGGAAACAGCUGAUCCUGGAAGGGAAGGUGAGAGCUGCAGCUUUCUGAUCUGCUCUGAGCUGGAAAAAUGUGGGAAAGGGAAAGGAAAUGAAAAGGAAAAGGGAAAUGAAAAGGAAAAGGGAAAUUAAAGCUUUCCCUCCCUAUGGGCUCACUCCCCUUCUGAGUGGGGAAGGUUUAUUUAAAAUAAUCCUAAAAGAAAUAUUAAACAAUGUUAUAUUAAAAGAUUUAGAUUUUUAACAGCAUAAUAUUGAAUAUUAUGCUGUUAAAAAUUGGAAAUAUUGUUAAAUCUAUUCAGUGUUAUGAGAUUAAAUGGAACAAGUAUUGGGAUGUUAAAAAUGCUCUGGAGAAAAUGGAGAAGGGGUUUUGGAGCCUCCUCAGUCGUGGGCACCUGGGAAAGGGCAGGGCUUGUCCUGGGGGU